AUGAAACUGCUCAAAAUUGUUGUUGAUGAGGAAUGUGUGCAAGAGUAUGGAGAAAUUGAUGAAGGUUUUGGGUGUGUCGAGGUGCCGCAAGUUGAAGUUAGCUUUCUGUUAUGGUAUGAAGUUGAUGAGCUGGCAUCGGUUAUGGUAGUUAUAUGGUGGUUAAGAAGUUUUGGUUGUAAUUGUUUUGGGUUUGGAAGUGGAGAAGUUGCAAAGGCACAGUUAAGCCAUGAAGUAAUAAGCAUGAAGAUUGGUCGUGGAAUUAGAAGAAUGAGAGUGAAGAUGGAUAAGUUUUGCAUAGGUUUAAGAAGGGUUAACAAGUAG